CGGCGUCGCGUCACUGCGAUCGCCUCCCGUCCUCCCGUAUUUCGCAAACACCGACGGCUCAACCACCACCCGCACCAUGCGCCCCAGCCCCCUCUCCCCUCCAUGACGCCGCCGCCCCUCCUCCUCACCGCCCACUCCGCCGCCGCGCUCCUCCUCCUCCUCGGCCCCGACGCCCGCGCGCGCAAGCGCAGGCGCCGCGGCGAGGCCGACCCCGACCCGGACGCCGACCCCGCCCCAGCCCCGCAGCAGGCGGCACCCGCGCCCCGGGAGCAGGAGCCGCCGGCGCCGGCGCCCCUGAACCUGCCGCUGCCGCCCACGAGCCCGGACCACUACCCGCUCGCGUUCCGGGUCUCGGCGCCCACCUUCCACUUCCUCUCGGGCCUGCUCGACCCGCUCCUCUCCGACCCCGCCCUCCCGCCGGCCCCGGUGCUCCUCGCGCUCGCGCUCGCGCGCCUCGCGUCGGGCCUGCCCUACCCGGCGCUCGCGGCGCUCUUCCGCGUCCCGCCCGCCGCCCCGCGCGCCGCCUCCCGCCGCCUCCGCCGCGUGCUCCUCGCCAACUUCCGCUUCUGGCUCGCCUUCCCCUCCGACCCCAGCAGCGCCUACUCCGCGCCGCUCCCCUCCUGCCGCGGCGCGCUCUGCUGCGCGCGCUUCGCCGGCCCGGCCGGCCCGCUCGCCGUGCAGCUCGUGGCGGGCGCCUCCUCCCGUGUCCUCUCCCUCGCCGCCGGCUUCCGCGGCGACCGCGCGGACCUCGAGGUGCUCAGGCUCUCGUCCUUGUACCAGGAGGUCGAGCAGGGGAGGGUGCUUGAGCCCGCGCAGUAUCUGGUUGGAGAUGGGGGCGGGUACCCGCUGCUGCCCUGGCUCAUGGUGCCGUUCCGGGGGCCGGUGGUGCCUGGCUCCCCAGAAGCGGCGUUCAACGCUGCACACAGGGCAGUGUGCCGUCCGGUGAGGCGUGCUGUCCGGAGCUUGAUGGGGUGGGGAGCCAUUGCUCGGCUCCACGAGGAGGAGAGCCCUCGUGCAGCAGUGGCGUGCAUUGGGACGUGCGCAAUGCUUCACAAUGUGUUGCUGACUAGGGAAGAUUACUCUGCAUUGGCACCGGAUGAGACGGAGUCGGAGAGUGAUUUGGGGGGAGUGCUGAGCCAGGGAGAAGACGCUGGUGCUGGAUCAGAAGGAUUCGAGGUUGAUGGGCGUGCAUUGGUGUUGCGGAGUGCAUUGGCAGCAACGAUGAGGGACCUACGAGCGCCUGACUAGCAAUGUGCAGGUGGUUGAAUUUUGAGUGGAACAAAUUAUCCAAAUAUGCACAUUGAAUUGGAUCUUCAUUACUGUUCUUUGAGUUAUGCAAGACAUGUCUUCUAGUGACCAUCCUAUGCAACAGAACACCAUUAUUUACUUAUCCACUCUCAUGACUGCUUGUAAGUGGUUAAAUUCUCCAUCCAGUCUGGAGUCAACAAACUCUUGGAGCCACGACUGAUCUUUCCUUGCCAAUUUCAAUUUGAGAACAUCCACAAAGCAUCGAAUGGGCAUUUCCACCUCCUCGCUUUCAACCACCCAACUGGAAACCCGAACCCCUUUCACUAACUCGAGGAGCACUACACCAUAGCUAUAAACAUCGGCCUUUCCAGUGAUUGGAAGAUUUAGAACCCACUAUGGAGCAAUAUACCCUCUAGUCCCUUGCACUCUUGACAACAUCUGAGCUCCUACUCCUCGACUUAGUAGUUUUACAAAUCCAAAAUCUGCAAUUUUUGGCUUGAAUUCUUCAUCUAAUGAUAUGUUCUCUGAUUCGACAUCACAAUGAACAAUCCGUUCAUGGUGGAGGUAGGCCAGUCCUGCUGCUACCCCAAGAGCAAUAUUGUACCUCUGUCUCCACUACAGCACAGAAAUUAAGUUCUGAGAAUCAAACAGAAAUCUGUCUAGUGAACCACUCUCAACAAACUCUGAAGCCAAGAGCUUGUGAGUCUGCUCGGCACAAAACCCCCAAAUUCUCACCGGAUUCAUCUGAUAAAUUCUUCCAAUGACACUGAGCUCAGAUCUGAACUCUUGCUCGAGGAUUCCCUUGUAAACCGUUCCUGAUGCACCACUUCCGAGCUCUUCCAUGAAACACCUGGUCGCGUUCUGUAACUCAUCGUAGCUGAACUUUCGGAACUGGCUAGAAAUUAUCAUGUAUCCUUCGUCCCUAAUCUCUGGCCUACUCUCCCAUUUGUAAAAAAAAUCCAACACCCAACUAUAAUUAAAGUCACUCCAAUGGCGAGCAGUGUCGAUGCAGAAGAUAGGAAGUACCCAAACUUGAACCUGGAAUUGCCUCUCACAAACAUUUGUAAUGAGGGGUAUGGUUCGUUUUCAGUAAUUUUGCAUGCAUGGGUUAGUCCAGCAGCCGAUUCUAGUUAGUACAAUGUUGCCUUUGGAAGUUUCAG